CAGACCACGCAACACAACACACUCUUACAGUAGUGCACGCGCCCGUUAUAUAGCCAGCUCGCCGGCGCGCCGCUAUCACCAGUCACCACCACUCCUUGGUCCGACAGAUGAUUCCAGCCGUUGCUUGUAUCGGAAACAGCGGCACUGACGACGUGACGAUGGCGCCGCCGGCGCCAGUCAAGACGGGGUCAUGGAGCCCCGAGGAGGACGCGCUGCUGUCGGCCCUCGUCCGGCAGCACGGCGCGCGGCGGUGGAGCGUGAUCAGCGCCGGCGUCCCCGGGCGCACGGGCAAGUCAUGCAGGCUCCGCUGGUGCAACCAGCUCAGCCCGGACGUGCAGCACCGCCCCUUCACGGCGCAGGAGGACGCGCUCAUCGUCGCCGCGCAGGCACGCUACGGCAACAAGUGGGCCGACAUCGCGCGCCUCCUCCCCGGCCGCACCGACAACUCCGUCAAGAACCACUGGAACUCCAACCUCCGCAGGUGCCAGCGCCGCGCCAGGGCCAUGGCCGCCGCGCGUGCCUCCUCCUCGUCGUCCGGAUCGGCCGCGACAGCCAAGACGCAGCAGGAGCAAGUCGUGCGCGUGGACAGGAAGGACGAGACGCCGCCGGCGGCCGAGCACGGUGCAGCCACUGCCGUCGUUAAUGAGCCGCCGCCAAUGCUGUCGCUGACGCUGACCCUGGGCCUGCCCCAGAUGGCCGCGGACGGGGCGUCGGAGGAAGCUAAUGCAAAGGCAAAGACACCAUCGUCGGCGGGCGCGGGGGACGAUGACGCGCGGCUCAUGGCGGCGAUGCGGCAGGUGGUGAGGGAAGAGGUGGAGCGGCAGGCAGGGCAGCUCUUAUACUCGGUCGUCAUGGCCAGCAACGCUGCCAGAGCCGACGGAACAUCGCCGUCCGAUCGCCCGACCAACGGCCACCACUAAGGUGGAUAUAUAUACCAUAAUAUAUGGAUGGUUUUCCGUGUGCCCCCUUUCAUUAGUGUUUGUGUUGUUUUAAGACAUUCUCCUGAGAGAAGAGAAUCGAAUCAUGUAAUAUCUUCCAUGUUUGCUAUUCGCAAGUUGCCUAAA